AUGGUCGGGGUCAUAGCAGACAACCUCGCCGUCAAUGACGGCCCCCUAACCUCUGAGAACGCAGCCUUCUUGCGUCCCUCCGAACCAAAUUUACCCAUCGAGGAACUCCGCAAGCGCUACGAAAAAGACGGCUACCUCUUCCUGAAGCAGGUCCUUCCCCGCGCCGAUGUCCUUGAAGCCCGUAACCAAUACUUCUCCUCUCUACAGUCGACUGGUGUUUUAAAGCCCGACACUGCGCCCGUGGAGGGUAUUUUUGAUCCGACAAAGAGCCACCUGGAGUACCCCGGCAUUGGAGCCGGUCAUGUCGACGGGAACGGGAGGCCGGGUGGUGAUAAGGCGGCACGGUUUGUUGAUCUCGCGCUGGACGCUCAUUAUAAGGAGUGGUAUGCCGAGAAGUUAUGUAACCAUCCGGCGCUGUUUGAGUUUAUUGCAAAGUUCUCUGGCUGGGGGAAGAAUACGCUUAGUCUGCGUCGCACGUUGCUUAGGAAUAAUAUUCCUGGCUCGAAGCCCAUUGGUGUUCAUUACGAUCAGAUCUUCCUGCGAUACGGUGAUCCCACCAGCGUCACAGCCUGGGUUCCACUAGGAGAUAUCAAGCUCAACGGCGGGGGUUUGAUUUAUCUCGAGGAUGGGGACAGCAUCGGCAUCGAAAUGGAGCAAGCAUUCUUCACCAAGGCCAAACAAGCGGGUCUCUCUGACGAGGAAGCCCGAUCAGCUUUCAACUCCAACAUGAUGGCAACAGGUCUCCUUUCAGAGACCCCAGCUCAAUUCGCUCUUGAACACGGUCGGAAAUGGCUAGUGUCGGCUUUUGAGGCUGGUGAUGUUGUCCUGCACAAUCCUCAUAUGAUUCAUGCAUCGACUAUUAAUAAUGACCCCGAUAACGUUAUUCGUCUUGCGACUGAUUUGCGGUUCUGUGAUUCUUCGAAGCCUUAUGACAAACGAUGGAUGAACCACUAUACUUUCAACGAUGGGGUUUAG